CCAUUUGAUCACCGAGUCCUCGCUGUUGCAGCAAACAACAAGAUUCUCAUAUGGAGGCUUAGUGUGAAGGCAACAAACAUCAAGCCAUCUGUUCGUUGCGCUCAAGUCGUUGAAUUGCCUGCGACGCCCAUCAGUCAAAUUGUUUGGGAUCGUACAACAUCAAAUGUUAUAUUAGCUGUAUCACCGAACAGCAGUAAGAUCAUGAUAGUUGACAUAUCCACCGGUGAGGUGGAUUGCUUUGGUGCAUGGACUGGUGGUAAUGUUACAAGAAUUGUACCUACACUUGAUGGUCGCCGAUUUGCUGUCCUGUAUACGGGCAAUGUCAUAAGGGUAUACGACCGUAGUACUUGGCAUGAAGAGCGUUGGAGCGGUCUAGCAGGUCGAGCAGUUAGCGCUGUUUGGUCGCCAGCUGGAGACUCGUUGUUGUUUGCUUCUGAAGAAAGCUAUCAGCUCUACACAAUUUCGUUUGUAACAAAGAAUGUGCUAAAUGAAGAUGGAAUUACUGAAGCGUAA